AUGAAACUAAGAACCGUAAUCGAUGCCCUCCCCUGGGUCGCCAUCAUCUAUGUUGUCUUCCGCUUGAUCUCAUCAUUCCUCACUGCCCGCCGCAACGUGGCAAAAGCGCGUGACCUUGGCUGCGAAGAGCCUCCAGUCGAAAAGAACCGCUGGCCCUUCGGAAUCGAUAGUGUGCGACGCUCCCUCGAAGCCGAUCGAGCCCAACAAUUCCCCGCGGAUGUGCUCCAGCGCUUCCAGGAGCUCGGGACAUAUACCUACCGCUACAAUGUUCUGGGCUCGAAGAACCUUCGGACGGCAGACCCUAAGAACAUCCAAGCAAUUUUAGCAACCCAGUUUAAUGACUUCGAUCUUGGACCCACGAGACGAGGCAAUUUCUUCCCCAUGCUGGGCGAUGGCAUUUUCACUUCUGACGGAGCAUACUGGAAACAUUCCCGGGCCAUCAUGCGACCGCAAUUCACCAGGGACCAAGUGAGUGACCUGGACCUGGAGGAGACCCAUGUGCAGAACAUGAUGCGAGCACUGGAGCCAUCGAUCAAGACCGACGGCUGGAUCGAGAAAGUAGACCUCCUCCCCUAUUUCUUCCGCCUGACGCUGGACUCGGCCACCCAAUUUCUCUUUGGGGAGUCCGUCGACAGCCAGCUGCAGUCUCUCCGGCAGACCGACGAGGAUGACAAGAGCGAGGAGAGUGGGGAGGCCAAGUUCGCGCGCGCGUUCGAUGCCGCUCAGUCGGCGCUCGCCACCCGCCUCCGGUUCAUGGACCAAUACUGGCUCUACGACUCGCGGGAAUUCCGGCAGGCGUGCGGCGUGGUCCACGAGUUCGUCGACCAUUUCGUGCGCCUCGCCCUCUCCAAGAACCUCCGCGCGAAGGAGCAGCUCUCCCAAAACGAGCCGUAUGUCUUUCUCGAGGCCCUGGCGGCGGAAACGCAGGACCCGCUGGAGCUGCGCUAUCAACUGCUGAAUCUGUUGCUGGCGGGCCGGGACACAACCGCCUCGCAUCUUGGCUGGGUAUUUUACGAACUCUCCCGCGACCCCGAGCGCUACCAGAAACUGCGCAACAACAUCCUCGCCGACUUCGGGCCCUACGACCAACCGCAGGAGAUCACCUUCGCCAAACUCAAGGACUGCAAGUACUUACGGUAUGUGAACGACGAAGCCCUGCGCCUGCACCCGGUGGUGCCCUUCAACGCCCGCUACGCCAACAAGGACACCACGCUGCCUUGCGGCGGCGGCAAGGACGGGAAAUCCCCCGUCUUCGUCCCCAAGGGAACCACGUGCGACUACGGCGUGUACGUGAUGCAUCGCCGCAAGGAUCUGUGGGGCGCGGAUGCGGACGCCUUCCGGCCUGAGCGGUGGGAGGGCAGGAAGGUUGGCUGGGAGUAUUUGCCGUUCAACGGCGGCCCGAGAAUCUGUAUUGGCCAGCAGUUCGCCCUCACUGAAGCCAGCUACGUGACGGUGCGGUUGCUGCAGCGGUUCGAUCGGGUGGAGAUUUUGGAUGCGAGCGAGGUCCUCCGGCAUAACCUGACCUUGACUAAUUGCAUUGCCAAUGGGGUCAGGGUGCGGAUGCAUGCUGCGUGA